GUCUCUUUUGAAUUUGGGAGCGGGGUGUCUGGUCGUUUCCCUUUCUCAUCCCUUCGCAUUUGGAUAAGGCAGAGAGAGAGAGAGCUCGAGCGGUGGAAGAAGGGGAGGCGAUUGCUUGCGUUCAUGGCGAUUUCGAGCUCAUCCACCGCAGGCUGCUCUGGCGGAAGAGGGGGAGGCGAUUUCUCCCUCUUCUUCUCUUGGUCCGCGGGCUGCUCUGCUAGUAGAUCAAUGGGCAGACUACGGAAAGUCUCGGCCAAGGAUGUUCCGCAAGUUUCUUCAGUUGAGAGUCAGGAUUCUUCAAAAGAUCCUUCUGUGCCUAAUGAUUUCGCUGAUGAGAAUGUUAUGUCUUUGGAUUUCUCUGCUGAUGAUGAAGAGUUUGAUAAAGCACUUUACAAUUUCUAUGUGACUAAUAAAGUCAAGCAGCUCAAGAGGAAAUUAUCAUCUGUUGGUAGAAGGAAUGUUAGGCAGAAACAAUUGUCUGAUUUUCCUGUGUGUUCAACAUUCACUAGAUAUUCUGGAAAGUUCUUCUCAGGAGUUGUUGAUGGCAUGUGUCCUAGGUACAAGGGUGUUAUUCAGAAUUAUGGGUUGGGUUGUCUCCUCAAUUUUGUCCGUAGCGAGGUUCCUCUUAGGCUUGUUAAGUGGCUUGCAUCUAGGUUUGAUGUUCCUGUGUCUGAGUUUCAGUUGAAAAGGAAAUUCAUCCCCUUAACUAAGUAUGAUAUCCAUGACAUCCUUGACCUCCCAGUAGAUGAUGAAGAAAUUUCCUCCCCUGAUUUGUUCAUGUGAGAGGUGAAGAGAGAAGUUGGCGAGCAGUUGGGACUGUUUUUGCUGACCUGUGGAUCAUGAUGCCGAUUUCCCUCUGAUGUCCUUCUUUCUUGCUGCUCGUCAGGCGAGAUCUGUCCAGUGGUUUGCGGGAGGGUUUUGGUUGCAAGCUGGGCACAUGCUGUGUCCUGUGUGACCCUGAAGAUCAAGAGAGGGGUAGGUCGCCGAUUUUUCUGGAGCGGUUUGUUGUCCAGGGUUACCGGGUCAGCUACUUUCUCUGACCCGUUUUGACGUCCUUUAUGUCUGUCAGCUGUUUUUGUGACUGUACAGGUGUCAUAUGUUCAUUUGUCAGGAUUUUUGAAUGUUCUCAAAUUGUAAAACAGUCAAAUAUCAAAUAGACAGUCCCAAAAAUUACCACCA